AUGGCUAUUCAAACACAACAUGUGGAUCUUCUGGUCUUGGGAGGUGGCUUGUCAGGCCUCUCAACGGCCAUGCACGCCUGUGAGAUGGCUGGAGGAAAUGACUUCUCAGUCCUUGUAAUAGAGAAGACCGAAGCACUUGGCGGCUCGUCGCAAUACUCGUCUGGAAUGUUCUGGGCACCAAAAGACAAAAGCAUGGCCCAUGAAACAAUUCAGUACGGAGAGCACGGACUUAUCGAUAAGCUCAUCGAUGGACAUCGAAGUGCAGUGGACUGGUUCCGAACGCAAGGCUUAAGGGUGUCUGAUGAGUUCCCUGGCAUUAUGUCGAUUGGUUUGGGAUAUCCUAUUGACAUAAAAGCUCUCACACAGUUGGCCAUCGAUAAGAUACGUGCUCGAUCCACUGCAAAGAUUCUACUGAACACCUCCGCAAUCUCGCUUUUGCAAGACUACCGUUCAGGCCCAGUACGGGGCGCCAUUAUCCUUCCUGAUGGCGGCGAACCUAUAGAGGUCCAUGCAAAGACUACUGUCAUCUCGAUGGGAGGGUUUCAAGGAUCGCCCAAGCUAGUAUCUCGAUAUAUUGGUCCUGGGGCAGAUAAUAUUUUUGUACGCUCCAACCGAGGCAAUACUGGAGACGGGCUCUCGCUCGCUUCUAAAGCUGGAGCUGGCAGCUCACGAGGGAUGUCCACAUUUUAUGGACAUUUGUUACCGUCCCCGUUACAAGCAUCUGAGGUCGAUCCUUUCCAAUUCCUUCAUAUCGCUCAAUUCCAGUCAAGUCGUACAGUACUUGUGAAUCGACGUGGGAAACGCUUCUGUGACGAGACAAUGGGUGAUGAAGUGUCGAAUCAAGCAGUUGCUCAACAAGAAAACCGAAUCGCUUACAUGAUCCUGUCAGACGAAGCGAGAGAGAAAUAUGCCACAGGAGAGCCCUGGCCAAAUGCUGGAUUUGUGGACCGUAUCCAAAAAGCCAAAGAUGUUGGUGGACGAGUGUUCAAGGUCAAAACUGUUGAAGGGUUGGUACAGGGAUUGGCGACAUGGGGAGUUGCCGCCACAAAUCUGAAGAACACUAUUCAAGGCUAUAAUACCGCGGCAAGGCUUCUGGAAAGUGGUUCAAAGGUCGAUCCCAGCAACCUCGACGCCCCUAUCGGCACAAAUGAGUACGGGAAGCCACCCCAUGGACCGAUAACGGAUGAUAAUGGACCUUUUUGGGCGUUGGAAGUCCAACCGUCCAUUACACUGACAUAUGGAGGUACCAAGAUCAACAGUUCUUCGCAGGCGCUGACCCAGAACGGAAGAGCGAUUGAGAAUCUCUAUGUGACUGGGGUGGACGCUGGAGGCUUUAGCAACUACAGAUAUUGUGCAGGGCUGGCUUUGGCUUGGGUGACGGGGAAAUGGGCAGGUGAGGCAGCUGUGGGUGGAAGAUAG